AGACAUCCCGAAGCGAUCGAGCGAGCGGACUUGGCAGCUCUUGCCCGGCCGGACGCGGCAUGUCUCAGGGCGGACAGUGAAGGCGCGAUGGGCCGGCGGCGGGUGCCGGAGCUGUACCGGGCCCCGUUCCCGUUGUACGCGUUGCGGGUCGACCCCAGCUCGGGGCUGCUCAUCGCUGCGGGCGGAGGCGGCGCCGCCAAGACCGGCAUCAAGAAUGGCGUGCACUUUCUGCAGCUGGAGCAGAUUAACGGAAGCCUGAGCGCCUCCUUGCUCCACUCUCAUGACACGGACACACGAGCCACCAUGAACUUGGCACUCGCCGGCAACAUCCUGGCCGCGGGGCAGGAUGCCCGCUGUCAGCUCCUGCGCUUCCAGACCCGGCAGCAGCAGAAGGGGAAAGGCAAGGGAGAAAAAUCAGGGACCAAGGAGCGGGGAGCCCGGCAGAGGAAGGCGGCGGCAGCCCCAGCAGAGGAAUCGGGAUCCGGCUCGGAAACUCACCAGGAGGGACUUGAACUCAGUGUCCAGAACCUGCAGGCAGUGCAGACAGACUUUGGCCCUGAUCCUCUGCAGAAAGUGGUGUGCUUCAACCACGACAAUACCCUGCUUGCCACCGGAGGGACUGAUGGCUGUGUCCGUGUGUGGAAGGUGCCCAGCCUAGAGAAAGUUCUGGAGUUCAAAGCCCACGAAGGAGAGAUUGAGGACCUGGCCCUGGGGCCUGAUGGCAAGUUGGUAACCGUGGGCUGGGACCUAAAGGCCUCUGUGUGGCAGAAGCACCAGCUGGUGACCCACCUGCUAUGGCAGGAGAACGGACCCACCUGCCCAAGCACACCUUACCGAUACCAGGCCUGCAGGUUCGGACCAGUUCCCGACCAGCCUAAGGGGUUGAGACUCUUCACAGUUCAGAUUCCCCACAAGCGCCUGCGCCAGCCUCCGCCCUGCUACCUCACCGCCUGGGAUGGCACCUCCUUCUUGCCCCUUCGGACCAGACCCUGUGGCCAUGAAGUCAUCUCCUGCCUCAGUGUCAGUGAAUCAGGUACCUUCCUCGGCCUGGGAAUGGUCACAGGCUCGGUCGCCAUCCACAUAGCAUUCUCUCUCCAGCGCCUCUACUAUGUAAAGGAGUGUCAUGGCAUCGUGGUGACCGACGUGGCCUUCCUGCCUGAAAAGGGCCGUGGACCCGAGCUCCUGGGAGCCCACGAAACAGCCCUGUUCUCUGUGGCAGUGGAUAGUCGCUGCCAGCUGCACCUGCUGCCCUCACGGCGGAGUGUCCCCGUGUGGCUGCUGCUGCUGCUUUGUGCUGGCCUCAUUGUGAUGACCAUCCUGCUGCUCCAGGCUGCCCUGCCUGGCUUUCUGUAAUUGCCCAGGUCCCAACGGUUGGACCAGGGCAAUGCUGCCUUCUAGAGCAGGAGUAGACUGCAGGGCUCACUCCGCCUGGCUCCCAGCCAUGGGUGCCCACAUACUGCCUGCUCUGCCCCGUUGAAGUUUGCUCGAGUCCAGGGGAACCCUGCAUUCACCUGUGGACCUACCCAAGACAGUGGUCUCUGGGUCUGUGAGGACCAGCCACAACCAGCCACAGCUAGCUGACUGCCUCUCCCCCUGCCUGUCAGGGGCUCCAGAGUUGAACUUAUCAUUCACCCAGAAAGAUGUGAAGACGCCCAAGACCCUGGAGCCUCUGCUGCUUUCUCUUUUGCCACAGCCUGGGGCUAGUGCUAGGCCCACCACCGUCCUCCUGGGACUGGCUCUCAGGGAAGGGAAAGGCAGAGAAAGACCCAGGGAGUGACCCAUGGAUCAAAUGAGGAAGUGCCAAGUCGGCCAGUUUAACUGUGCCGAUGCUUCUUAGUUGGUUACCCCGUCCUCAAGGACACAAAGAUGGACCUGAGCCACGGGGGGAGGAAAAGUUGUUAUUUAAUAAACCCAGAAAGACCGAA